AUGUGCGGCCCCGUCCCCCUGGCGCUGCUGCCCACCAGGGUGAGGGGCUGGUGCUUCGUGCGCCGGUGGGACACUCGGAGCCCACGUGCACUGUGCAUGAUCCUGGUUCUCUUUUAUAACCCCCGUGCAGGCAAGACCAGGACAAAAGACAAGUACCGAGUGGUCUACACGGACCACCAGCGCCUGGAGCUGGAGAAGGAGUUUCACUACAGCCGCUACAUCACCAUCCGCCGCAAAGCCGAGCUGGCCGCCGCGCUGGGGCUCACCGAGCGGCAGGUGAAAAUCUGGUUUCAGAACCGGAGGGCGAAGGAGAGGAAGGUGAACAAAAAGAAGAUGCAGCAGCAAAGCCAGCCCACGAGCACCACCACCCCCACACCACCAGCCCUGGGCACCCCAGGACCCAUCGGGGGCCUGUGCAGCAGCAGUGCCCCCAGCCUCGUCUCCUCCUCCCCACUGACCAUCAAGGAGGAAUUCAUGCCUUAG